AAUGAAAAGUUUUAUAUUUUCACUUUUUUGCAUUUUGCAACUGUUUUCAUCGUCACUUGGUUUUAUAUGUCCUGUUGAUGAUCAGUUUAGACCAAUUAAUGGAGCGUAUAGAGAUCCAGAGUUCUGUGGUGCCUAUUAUCAAUGUAUAAAUGGAACUGCUUUUCCUCAGAAUUGUCCUCUUGGUCUGUUCUUUAGAUUUUCAACAUUGGAUUGUAAGAUUAGAACUUGCACUGAACCUGAACUUGCGGAUUGCCCACCUCUAGGGAAUGCAACCAUUGAAAACGAACCUUUGGAAUGUAAAUCUGGACAAAUAGAUUUUAAAACUCCAUGCUUCACAAAAACAAAUGAGUGCGCUCCAAAUUUAAAUGCAACAGUUGCUAGUUUAGUAGAUUGUAGAAUCUAUUACCAUUGUCAAAAUGGAGUAGCUUGGCCGCAGCAAUGUCCUCCUGGAUACUUUUUCAAUCCUAUAGUAAAUCCACGAGAUUGUACAGUGCAAUUAUGUGUUCCACCCCAAGAUGCGAAAUGUCCUAGUGACGGAAACUGGUCCGAAUGGUCAGCAUGGGGCGAUUGCGAACCAAGGUGUGGUGGUGAAGGAAUUCGUACUAGAACAAGAGAUUGCAAUAAUCCCCCACCCUCAAAUGGUGGUCGUGAAUGUUCUGGAUUACCAAUUGAAAUUGAAAAUUGUCAAACACCUCCUUGUCCAUCUGGCGAAAAACCAUGCUUUAUGGUAUCACUGCAGUCAACCAUUAGUGUAUCAGAGGGAAGAAUCCAAUGGAGUUCUAUUGAUGUAAAUCAAGAUAAUCUCUACAAUCCUUUGACCAGUCGUUUGAAUAUUAAAGAGGCAGGAGUGUAUUACUUUGCGAUGACUGCAACAAUGAGCAGACAAACUGGAGCACAUCUUCGCCUUCAGAAUAUUGGAAGGGAGAUUGAUUUGAAAAGAGAUAAAAAUGAAGAUGGUAUAGAGCAAAUAAGUAGAAGUGGUUUAUAUUUCCUAAAUCCUUUGUUUAGUCCAUACAUCAAUCAAAUGUUACCCACCGCAUCCCUACUAGGUAGCAAUGCUGGAAAGGAUACAAACUGGGUAGGAUUUAAAUAUUCAACAGAUAAUUAUAUUUUUGUUGGGUCAGAUAGUAGUUCUCUGGAACAAAAUUAUAUUCCAUUAAAUAUUCUUGUAAAUAUGAGAGGCUAUUCAAUCGGUGCAUCAAAUACUGAAUUCAUAAACUUGGAAGGUGGAAAAUAUUUUAUUCAUUUUGGUUGUGGCAUUGUGCCAAAUGUUAAUCUAAGAAUCAGCAUUUAUAGUAAUAAUCAUAAUACUCCUUAUUCAAGGAUACAAAGACUUGAAAACCAAAUGGCUAGUUCCGAUCAACUAUCACGUAGUUUCAUUAAUGCAUUACCAGCUAAUUCUAAAUUGCAAUAUAGAUUGGAUGGAGGCCAUAAUUCAACAAUAGGCCUACCUACAUACCUUAUGGCAUUCAAAUUAAAUGAUAGUCUACCAAUUCUCUUUGUGCAUCAAAGUUACAGAUAUCCAUCAUCUUGUUCUACUUUUAUGCAGUUGAUGGCUUUUAAUGUUGUAAUUGAAGAUACAACUAAUUCAUGGACUAUUAGAACUAGGGAAUAUAAAGUUCCAGUUACUGGUACAUAUUACAUUGAUAUUAGUGUGGUUGUCAUACUCAGAAACACUGUUGAAGCCUAUGUAGAAGUUAAUAAUAUUAGAAAAUUCAGACUAUUGAAAUUUGGUAGAUCUCAUGGAAGAUCAGAGCUUAUAUCAAAAGGUGGAUUAAUUCAAAUGUUUAAGGAUGAUAUCUUAACUGUAAGAUAUAGAGGUUGUAUGACAGCUGAUGACAUGGUUUCAUCAAUGGUAAUCUUUUUACUACCAUAG